AUGCUGGCGGCACGAGCAUCGCGAUGGACAUCAAACGCCGCCAAUGUCACAAGAUGUGUAUCGCAACUUCGACCAUACUCUGAAGUAAAUACAAUCACAGAAGCCAAACCCACAAGAAUAAGCCUUGUCCCAUACACCAGCAAGCUCGGCUCCAGAGCGCGUUCCUACCACUUGGGAAAAGCGGAUCCCCUGCGCGCAAACAGCAUGCCGACUUUCCUGCGGCAAGCGCAAUUCGAACUCAGUGAGCUGCAGGCGCGGCGGCGCGGACUGUACCAUAAACUGCAGGGCCCGUACAGGGUGCGUGGCAGCGUCACGGCGCCGCGUGAGCGACGCGAUCGCGUGGAGGUGCGUGAGGGGAGCGUGUGGGUGGGGGAUAAGCGGGUUCCGAAUGUGUGGCUGAGGGAUAAUUGCCAGUGUGCGAGGUGUAUGCAUGGGGAGACGAGACAGCGGUUGCUGGACUCGUUUGGGAUUCCGCCGGGGAUUGGGAUGCGGGGGUGGGAGGUUGAGGGGGAGGAGGCGGCGGCGGAGGAGGAGGAGGGGAGGAGGUUGAAGGUUGUGUGGGAGGAUGGACAUGAGAGUUUGUACCCUUUUUCGCUGCUGCGCUAUACGCUUCAGACGGAGGGGACGAAGGUGGUGCAGCGGUUGGGGCUUGUGUCGCUUUCGUUGUGGGAUCAGGGGGUUGCGAGUGAGCCGCCGAUAGUGGAGUAUGAGGGUGUUAUGAGGGGGGAGAUGGCGGGGUUGCUGAAGAAUCUGCGGGAAUAUGGGUUUUGCUAUGUGGAUGGGACGCCGGUUGAGGAUCCGCAGGAUACCAAGGCGUUGCUGGAGAAGAUUGCGUUUAUCCGCGAGACGCAUUAUGGUGGGUUCUACGACUUCACGGCUGAUUUGGCGAGUAAGGAUACGGCGUAUACGAAUAUUGCACUGGAGGCGCAUACGGAUACGACAUACUUUUCUGAUCCAGCAGGGCUCCAGGCGUUCCAUUUGCUAUCGCAUACGGAUGGGGAGGGAGGAGCGAGUUUGCUCGUUGACGGGUUCAAGGUCGCUGAGGAACUUCUUGAAACAGACAAGAAGGCGUAUGAGAUCCUUGCAACGGUAAAUGUUCAUGGACAUGCAUCAGGGAACGAUGGCAUUUCCAUUCAGCCGUACCGCGGCUUCCCCGUGCUCGAACACGAUAUUGCAACAGGAGAUCUCCUGCGAGUACGUUGGAACUCAUCUGAUCGCGCGUCGAUUGAACUCCCCAUCGACCAGGUGGAAAAGUGGUACGAUGCCGCGAGGAAGUUUGAUGCAUUACUGAAGAAGAAAGAGAACGAGUACUGGGAGCAGUUGAAGCCAGGGCGGGUGCUAAUCUUCGAUAACUGGAGGGUGCUACAUGGACGAAGCAGCUUCACUGGGAAGCGAAGGAUCUGCGGUGCGUACAUUAAUCGGGACGAUUGGAUUAGCAAAUUCAAAAUGGCCCAUUUUGGACAGAGCAAGGUCUUGGAGGGACUCCCUGUAAACUAA